CAUGCCCCCUUCAGCUGCUCCAAAUCGGUCUUCCACCACCAAAACCAGGGAACGCUGAGUUCCACCGGAAGCUCGCCGGCACGACAAACCCCUCCCCUCCGGUUCUGUCAGGCCCCUCGCAGUGACCCCUAAAACGACGUCUUUCAUUUCUCGGAAUCAGCCUUCGGCAUCUCUCCCCAUCUCCACCAGGCUUCUACCUAAUUUUCGAGACCGUCCCUCCGCCGCCGCCGCUAUCGCAUUCGAAAUACUAGACGAAGCAUUAGAUUUCGAAAUUAAUUCACUAUUCAACGAACGAAGCUUCGAAUUGUACUGGGUUGAUUUUGUUUUGUUAUAUUCAUCCGAAAAUGGGGAGCGAGAGCAAUUUAAAGGUUUGGGUAUCCGAUAAAUUGAUGUCCUUACUGGGAUAUUCUCAGCCCACCCUGGUUCAAUACGUAGUUGGAUUGGCCAAGCAAGCUUCAUCUCCUGCUGAUGUUGUGGGGAAGCUUGUGGAAUUCGGGUUGUCUGCUUCCAGUGAAACGCGUUCUUUUGCGGAAGAGAUCUUCUCAAAAGUACCCCAUAAAGCUUCCGGGUUGAAUGUUUAUCAGAAACAAGAAAGGGAAGCAGCGAUGCUCGUGAGGAAGCAGAAGACCUAUGCAAUUUUGGACGCUGAUGACAGUGAUGAGGAUGGUGGUGGCAUUGUUGACAAUCGAUCUUCCACUGCUGCCCCAGCAGCUUCUCAGUCUGAAAAAGCAGAUACCCAUAAGAAGCGGUUCAGGAAGAAGACUGAAAAUGUAGAAGAUGAUGCAGAUGAUGAGGUGAUUGCGCGGGCAGAAGAAAGUAGGCAAGUUAAAAGACGGACUUCUCAGGAUGAAGAUGAUGACUCGGAGUUGGAAGAAGAAAGUUUGCGUGACCGAAGAGAGAGGGAGCAAUUAGAGCAGAAUAUAAGACAACGGGAUGCAGCAGGGACACGAAAGUUAACAGAGCAAAAGUUAUCGCGGAAGGAGGAAGAAGAAGCAAUCCGGAGAUCUAAUGCUAUGGAGGAAGAUGACAUUUCAGCUUUAAGAAAAGUUUCAAGACAAGAAUAUUUAAAGAAAAGGGAGCAAAAGAAACUGGAGGAGCUUAGAGAUGAUAUAGAAGAUGAACAAUAUCUUUUUGAUGGCGUAAAGUUGACUGAAGCAGAACAGCGUGAACUAAGAUACAAAAGGGAAAUAUACGAUCUUGUGAAGAAGAGGUCAGAAGAAACUGAUGAUAUAAAUGAGUAUAGAAUGCCUGAUGCUUAUGAUCAGGAAGGGGGUGUAAAUCAGGAGAAGAGAUUUUCUGUGGCUUUGCAGCGUUAUAGGGACUCAAGUGCAAAUGAUAAGAUGAAUCCAUUUGCAGAACAAGAGGCAUGGGAGGAGCAUCAAAUUGGAAAGGCAACCUUAAAAUUUGGUUCAAAAGAUAAAAACCAAAAGUCAGAUGACUAUCAGUUUGUAUUUGAGGACCAGAUUGAAUUCAUCAAGGCAUCUGUGAUGGAUGGUGACAAGUUUGAAGAUGGUUUAUUUGCUGAGUCUCAUGAUGAUUCUGUCGCAAAAUCAGAAUUAGAGAAACUUCAGGAAGAUAGAAAAAUGUUGCCUAUCUAUCCAUAUCGAGAUGAAUUGCUCAAAGCAGUAGAUGAUCAUCAGAUUCUUGUUAUUGUUGGGGAGACUGGUUCUGGGAAAACCACACAGAUACCUCAAUAUCUUCAUGAAUCUGGGUACACAAAGCGUGGAAAGGUUGGAUGUACCCAGCCACGGCGAGUUGCUGCUAUGAGUGUUGCAGCUCGAGUUUCUCAGGAAAUGGGCGUUAAACUUGGGCAUGAGGUUGGCUAUUCUAUCCGUUUUGAAGAUUGCACGUCAGAAAAGACGGUUCUGAAAUAUAUGACUGAUGGAAUGUUAUUGAGAGAAUUCCUUGGUGAACCAGAUCUGGCAAGCUACAGCGUGGUGAUGGUGGAUGAGGCCCAUGAAAGAACGCUCUCAACUGAUAUUCUAUUUGGAUUAGUAAAGGAUAUUGCUCGUUUUAGACCCGAUCUUAAGUUGCUUAUUUCAAGUGCGACUCUUGAUGCAGAAAAGUUCAGUGAUUAUUUUGAUUCUGCUCCAAUUUUUAAAAUUCCUGGGAGGCGGUAUCCUGUUGAAAUACAUUAUACUAAAGCACCAGAGGCAGAUUACUUAGAUGCAGCCAUUGUCACUGCACUUCAAAUUCAUGUGACACAACCACCUGGUGAUAUUUUGGUGUUCCUCACUGGUCAAGAGGAAAUUGAAACAGCUGAGGAAAUCAUGAAGCACAGGACAAGGGGUUUAGGGACAAAGAUUGCAGAGCUGAUAAUCUGCCCUAUAUAUGCAAACCUGCCAACUGAGCUGCAGGCUAAUAUAUUUGAACCCACUCCUGAAGGAGCACGUAAGGUUGUCCUGGCCACAAACAUUGCAGAAACGUCAUUGACAAUCGAUGGGAUCAAGUAUGUCAUUGAUCCAGGAUUCUGUAAGAUGAAAUCUUAUAAUCCACGGACUGGCAUGGAGUCAUUACUAGUAAAUCCCAUCUCUAAAGCAUCAGCCAUGCAAAGGGCUGGUCGAUCUGGACGAACUGGUCCUGGAAAGUGCUUCCGGUUGUAUACUGCCUACAACUAUUACAAUGACUUGGAAGAUAAUACUGUGCCAGAAAUACAAAGAACUAACCUUGCAAAUGUUGUGCUCUCUCUCAAGAGCCUUGGUAUCCAUGAUUUGCUUAAUUUUGAUUUUAUGGACCCACCACCAGCUGAAGCUUUAUUGAAAGCCCUAGAAUUGCUCUAUGCUCUAAGUGCCUUAAACAGACUUGGGGAGUUGACGAAGGUGGGGAGAAGGAUGGCAGAAUUCCCCCUUGAUCCUAUGCUCUCCAAGAUGAUAGUGGCAGCUGACAACUACAAGUGCUCAGAUGAGAUCAUAUCAAUUGCUGCUAUGCUUUCAGUGGGUAAUUCAAUCUUCUAUCGCCCAAAGGACAAACAAGUCCAUGCUGACAAUGCAAGGAUGAAUUUUCACACUGGCAAUGUUGGGGACCAUAUUGCAUUGUUAAAGGUCUACAGUUCUUGGAAGGAAACUAACUACUCAACUCAGUGGUGCUAUGAAAAUUAUAUUCAGGUCAGGAGUAUGAAACGUGCCAGAGAUGUGAGAGACCAGUUGGAGGGGCUCUUGGAGAGGGUUGAAAUUGAACUUGCAUCCAACCCCAAUGAUUUAGAUGCAAUAAAGAAGUCUAUAACAGCUGGUUUUUUUCCACACUCUGCAAGACUGCAGAAGAAUGGAUCUUAUCGAACAGUUAAACACCCCCAGACUGUUCACAUUCACCCAAGCUCGGGUUUAGCACAGGUGCUUCCAAGGUGGGUGAUAUACCAUGAAUUGGUUCUUACAACCAAGGAGUACAUGAGACAGGUUACUGAACUAAAGCCAGAGUGGCUGGUGGAGAUAGCUCCUCACUUCUACCAACUGAAAGAUGUUGAAGACCCUGGAUCAAAGAAAAUGCCUCGAACUGAAGGACGUGCUGUGAAGGACUGACAAUGGCAUUGAAGAAUUAGAAAGGGUGGUAGAUUAAAGAAAAUGCCUCUAGGAGGACAUGCAAUGAGGGACUGACAAUAGCAACAGGAUGAAGGAAAAUGUCUUUGAGGUUGCAACGAAAAAACUAAUGACUGGUGCUACUGUGAAUACAGUUUUGUAAAAUCUGAUACUGGAAGUUUUUUUAACAAGCAACAAAUUCUCAUUGAUCACAUUCACUAAUCUUACCUCUUCAAGCAGGAAGGGGGCGCUUCAUCAAACCUUGUACAUUAUUUUGACGGUGAGUAUUGAUUUAUUGUCCCAAUUUUUGGUUCUUUUUUUUUUUUUUUUGGCAGAUUUGGACUGAGGAUGGAUAAAGACAUGUAUAUUACUUUUAUCUUUAUACAAAAACAGACAAAUGAAGAGAAAAAGGAUUGUCAGUUUCUUGCCAAUCCUUGAGUAUGUAUGUUUUAAGUA